AUGUUUAAACUAACGAAACUCAAGUCCCUAUUUAAUAAAUUAAAUAUCUCCAAUAAAAAUGCUGAUAAUUCUAAUUCAGCAAAUAUUGAUCAUAAGAAUUGUUCUUACUGCAAUAAACCAUUCACCAAAAAAUUAUGGUGUAAAAAAUGCGAUCCAUUUAGGAUUAUUGAAGGAUGGUCUAGUGGAAAUAAUGAAAUUGAUAAAUUUAUCAAAGAUACAAUUUAUGAUGCGAGAAAUCGGAAUCGUAAAUUUCUUGAAUGGGUACCAUUUUAUAAAUUUGAAAAUAUAAAACAAAUUGGUGAAGGUGGAUUUUCCAAAGUAUAUUCUGCAACGUGGAUUGAUGGUAAAGCAAAAUAUACUAGAAAAUAUGAUUUAAGUUGGAAAAAAAGAAAACCUCGACCUAUCAAAGUUGCUUUGAAAAGGUUAAAUGGAUCAGAGAAUAUGUCAUCUGAAUAUUCAAAUGAGAUUAAAAUACUUUGGGAUUUAUGUCAAAUAAACGAUGGAUGUCUAAGUUUUUAUGGAAUGACCAAAGAUCCAGAAACUGAAGAGCUUAUAAUAAUUUCAGAAUAUGCAGAUAAAGGAAAUUUAAGAAGUAUUCUUUCACACAAUUUCCAUAAUACUUUGUGGAAAGAUAAAUUACUUUAUUUACAAUGGAUAAUGUAUGGUCUUAGAAGUUUACAUAAAUUAGGAUAUUUUCAUAAAGAUUUUCAUAGUGGAAAUAUAUUACAAACUACUAAAUAUGUGGAGUUUGUUGAUGAUUUCAAUGCUUCUUAUAUUUCAGAUUUUGGAUUAUCUGGACCAUCAAACAAACAAAAAUCGGAUAAUAAAAUAUGUGGAGUAUUGCCAUAUAUUGCUCCAGAAGUUUGAAUGGAGAACCAUAUUCAUUAUCUUCUGAUAUUUAUAGUUUUGGUAUAAUUAUGGUUGAAUUAUCAUCUGGAAAACCACCAUUUCAUAAAAGAAAACAUGAUACUACCUUAGCAUUAGAAAUAUGUAAUGGACUCAGACCAGAAUUUGGAAAAGGAACUCCUGAAAUUUAUAAAAAACUAGCUUAUAAAUGUAUGAAUGCUAAUUCAAAUCAAAGACCAACAGC